AUAUUUAAUGGUCUUUCCGUUUUGUGCUUUAGAUCAGCCGCCUCAAAAAAAUUUGUGCAUUUAUUGUGUUUUUAAAAUCAUGACUAUUUUGCCGAACUAUGCUGUAAAUGUGAUCGAGUCCAGAUGCAAUGUUUUUAUUUUAGUUUUCAAGCGCAAACGGGUAUAACAUCAGAUGCGAGGAACUGCUGCUGUAACUCCAUAACAUCUUCGUGAUUUUUCUUUCCGUAAACCUGUUUUUUUGGGAACGGAACGGAACUUGACAACCAGUUGUUGUGUUGUGUUUUCAUGUUAGGGUGACUCACAUGUCACGGCAUCAAUCAGGAGCUCUCAGAUGUGCUGAAUGAACUGUGGAAGCUGGAUGUGAACCGCAUGAAACCUGGAAAAGACUAUAAAAUCAACCUACAGGGGAAGGCUGGCUUUGUAGCUGAGGGCCGUAAUAAUGCCAGGGACAGCGCUAGAGCUCCUCUCUUCGCCUAUAUCAAUGAAAACAAGCUCAAAAGCAUUGCUACUUACACCCACUUCAUAAAUCUGCUAGACAAUUAUGAGAUGUCUACAGGAGUGGCCGAGCAUGUGACAAAAGAGGAGCUUCAGGAAAACCAUCUUUUCCUGGAUGCUGUUCUGAAGACAGAGGUCAUGAAGUGUGCCCACAGGUAUUUAAUACGCAAAGGUCGAGCCAAGUCGGAUCCAGCUCAGUUUAAGAGCCAGCUCUAUGACAUCUGGUUUAAGCUCUAUCGCAGAAGCAAAAGUGGAGGUGAAGAUUCAUGUGGAUUUGAGCAUGUGUUUGUUGGUGAAACCAAACAUGGUAAAGAGAUCAUGGGCCUCCACAACUGGGUCCAGUUUUACCAUAAGGAGAAACACAAUCAUGUGGACUACAAAGGAUACAACGCCAGAAAAAACAAAGACACGCCAGAUGAGGACGAUCACAUCUUGAACCUGCAGUUCAGCUGGAAUGGCCUGGUCAAGCCGGUGAGCAGUUGUUUCAUUGGCGUCAGCCCAGAGUUUGAGGUGGCUCUUUUUACUAUCGUCUUCCUUCUGUCUGAUGGGCAUGUGACCAAUGUUACAGUAAAGGUGGAUGAGUACCUGCUUGAGAUUGUGGUGUACAGAUUUGGGCACGCUAUUGGGACUUCAUACCCCAAAAUGAUCAGCAGCAACAACCGGGAUUUCUAA